AUGCGUCUCCUCACUCUCCUUCUCGGUGCUACCCUUGCCUCAGCGCAUGCUCGCCCACAGUUCAUGCCUGAUUUGGCCCAAUUGGAUAACUUCAUUGAACACGCCGAGCAGGCCCAAAACCAGGGUCAAGCUAAUGACCCUCAAUCAAACUACGACAGCAUGAACGGGAACUCCGACGGCUCUGAUGGAAACGCCGUCCACAGCAUCCAGGCCCCAACACCAACACCUGCUCAGGGCCAUGCAUCCCUGCAAACAUUCGCCAUUCACACUACAUUCAAUAUCCGUCCUUCUCCAUCUGCGGUUUUCAACUCUCCGAUCUUCCGGGCACCUGAGAUGCUCGGCGAUUCUCCCUCUGAACCAACCCAGCCUCAGGAGAACUCCCUUCCAGGGAAAAAUGUCUAUGGACGCGAUUUUAUGGAUCCGAACUCGCUGUCUGGUGGAAUUGCACCUAUCGGUUCCCCAGCCGACAACACUCUCCAGCCUGGUAACAAUGUUGCCCCUGCAGUCGCCAAUGAGCCGCAACAUGGUAAUGAUGAGGGGAACGCUUUCUGCUUUGGUCAAUGCUUUGCUAGUGCGGAUGAUGCCCAGUGCCAGCCUCCGACUUUGGCUGUGUACAAGCCUUCUAAGGGCUGCUACUCGUGCUGCUUUACCGCUGGCGAUUUCUGA